AUGGCAUUUGGAGAGCUGAAAUAGGAGUUAGAAGGGUGAGAUCACCUCAAGCCAGACAAGAAAGCAUGAAAAAUCGUAUCAUAAGGUGUGCUUAUCAAGUUAAGUCCUCUACAGAUGAGAUUUUUGUGAGGACUCCCAUCCGCAGAGCUGAAGCAUGAGUACCGAUGCCAGUCAGGUGGUGAUCACUUCUCCCCCUGCAGCCACAAUGCCCCACAAGGAGAGGUACUUUGACCGCAUCAAUGAGAACGACCCCGAGUACCUCCGGGAGAGGAACAUGUCUCCGGACCUGCGACAGGACUUCAACAUGAUGGAGCAGAGGAAGAGGGUCACUCAGAUACUGCAGAGCCCCGCUUUUAGAGAAGAUCUGGAAUGCCUUAUUCAAGAACAGAUGAAGAAAGGCAAUAACCCAACUGGGCUGCUUGCAUUACAGCAGAUUGCUGAUUACAUUACAGCAAGCUCUUUUGCAGGUUUUUCCUCGUCUUCACUCAGCCAUGGAAUGAUUACCCCCAUCAAUGAUCUACCUGGGAUAGACACCUCCUCGUUUGUUAAGGGGGAAAAACUUACUCGUUGCAAAUUAGCCAGUUUAUACAGACUGGCUGACUUGUUUGGGUGGGCACAUCUGCCAAAUGCCUACAUCACUGUCAGAGUAAGCAAAGAACAUGAUCAUAUUCUAAUCAUUCCAAGAGGUCUGUCCUUUUCUGAAGCUUCAGCUUCCAAUUUGAUAAAGGUGAACAUCCUGGGAGAUGUAGUUGACCAGGGCAGUACAACUCUAAGUAUCGACAAUGCAGGAUUCAGUCCACACGUGGCCAUCUAUUCCACACGCCCUGAUGUCAGGUGUAUAAUACACAUACAUACCCCUGCAACAGCAGCUGUUUCGUCUAUGAAGUGCGGCAUCCUUCCAAUAUCACAGGAGGCCCUGAUUCUGGGAGAUGUUGCUUAUUACAACUACCAGGGUUCUCUCGAUGAUCAGGAAGAGAGAAUUCAGCUUCAGAAAGUACUUGGACCCAGUUGCAAGGUAUUAGUCUUGAGAAACCAUGGUGUUGUAGCUCUAGGAGAGACACUGGAAGAAGCGUUCCACUAUAUUUUCAACGUGCAACUGGCCUGUGAAACACAGGUUCAUGCAUUAGCUGGAGCAGGUGGGAUAGACAAUCUCCUACUACUGGAUCUGCAGAAGUUCAAGCCUUUCACGCAUGGUGUGGCAGCAGGUGGAGGAGGAGGAGUUAAUAUGUCUUCACAGCAAAAAUGGAAAGUAGGGGAGCAGGAGUUUGAAGCUCUCAUGCGGAUGCUGGACAACCUGGGAUACAGAACUGGCUAUGCCUACAGACAACCCUUAGUCAGGGAAAAGCCCAGACAUAAGAGUGACGUUGAGAUCCCAGCCACUGUGACUGCCUUUUCCUUUGAAGACGAUGCAGUCCCGCUCUCCCCGCUGAAAUUCCUGGCACAGAGACAACAGAGGGAAAAGACAAGAUGGCUGAACUCCCCAAACACAUACUUGAAAGUAAAUGUGCCUGAGGAGUCCUGGAAUGGGGAAGCAAGUCCCAGGACCAAGAUCACGUGGAUGAAAGCUGACGACUCUUCCAAGACUAGUGGAGGAACACCAAUCAAAAUUGAAGAUCCAAACCAGUUUGUUCCUUUAAACACAAACCCCAGUGAAGUGCUGGAAAAGAGAAAUAAGAUUCGGGAGCAAAAUCGAUACGAUCUGAAGACAGCAGGACCACAGUCUCAGCUGCUUGCUGGGAUCGUUGUGGAUAAAAAGCCAAGUCCGCCGAUGCAAUUUGAAGAUGAUGAGCACGCACCACCAGCACCACCCAACCCGUUCAGCCAUCUCACAGAAAAGGAACUGGAAGAGUACAAGAAAACAAUUGAACGCAAGCAGCUAGGGCUGGAAGAUGCUGAGCAGGAAUUAUUCUCAGAUGACGGUUCAUCUGUGUCACAAAUUCAGUCACAAACUCAGUCCCCGCAAAAUGUCCCAGAAAAAUUAGAAGAAAAUCAUGAGGAUCUCUACACCCAGAAUGCCAACCUAAUAUCUGCAGAGCUACCUGUGGUGGUGGUGAACGGCAAGGAAGAUGCACACGAUGUGGAAGAAGACCUCACCAAGAGGGUCAGUCAGUUAACCACUAGUACUGUGGAGAGCGUAGAGAUUACCAUUAAAAGCUCUGAAAAGAUAGAAGAGGCCCUGUCCCCUGAAGGGUCACCUUCCAAAUCCCCGUCGAAGAAGAAGAAGAAAUUCCGCACCCCAUCUUUCCUGAAGAAGAAUAAAAAGAAAGAGAAAGUGGAAGUGUAAGUGCAGCUCUGUUGGGAGGAGGUGGUGUGCAUUUUAAACGUUUAAGUUGACCAUUAACAGAGUAGUGUUAGGGGUGUGCAGUAACUGGACUUUUAACCGAAACAAAGAGGAACUGGAAAAGGUUUUGCUUUAAACAAAACAGAAACAAACAAACAAACAAAAAAAAUGAAAAAGACUUUCAUAUUAAGUGAAAAUUAAUUCAUCUCUCACUUACCUGAGUCCGAAAUCGCUAUGAGGGUUUGAAACAUUCAUUAGUUUCAUGUUGAACUACACUGGCAGGUGCUCAAAUACCGUCAUAGCGAGAUGAAAUACCAUCUCAGUAUGCAGCAACAAGUUCUGCCCGAGGUAUUUUGCAGACCUUGACAUUUUCAGUACAGUAAAGUCUUUAUUAAAGUUAUUGUUGGGUGGUCGUAUAACUUUCUUUUUUAAAAAAAAACCAAACAACUGCUGUCUGAAUUGGUAACCAGAUCAUACCUUUUUGUAUUGUGAUUUUUGACCAUCUGCUUUAUGUUUCUGUACCCCUGUUUGGGCGGGUGCAUAUUAACAGCACACCUUUAAAUCUUUUUUAAGAUUAGAUCAUACAGAAAUACUAUACACUGGCACAUAAUAUUAGGGGGAAAACUGUGUAAGAGAAAGUUUAUUUGGAAUUAUUCAAAAUGUCAAAGAGCUCCAUUCAUUGACAACUUCUUUGCCAAAUAUUUCGUUUUAGUGAAAUAUAAUUUUUGAAGACUUCUUUUUUAUUCUGUCUGUCGGGGGGAGGGGGAGACCCUUAUUUUUCAAGAAGGGGGAUUUUAUACACGUAACAUUGAUAAUUUAGUUUAACUGCAAAACAAAAAGAAGAUUUUAUAUGUUCAAAUGUUUGUAUACCAUUCAGUAUAAAAAUAUUAUAGGCAUGUGAACCAGGCAUUAAAUAGUAGAGUGUAUUUAAGAAUGCUUGGUUUAGAGUAUACUUAAAUAUGAUUCAGGAAUCCAGGGACUUAGAAAUUAGAAGACAAAAAUGUAUAACAUUGAACUGGAUUCAAGUUUAAAAUUUACUGUGUUGGGUUUUUUCCUCAUGGUAUUGCUAAUGAAUGAAGAAAAAUAAUCUCUUAACGUAACCAAAUGAAGGAAAC